GUGCUAAAACGCCUUUUGCAGUUUUCGUCCUCUUUCCAUUUUCUCUCCCUCUUUUUUUUUUUGAUUCACCAGAAGAAAAAUAUAGAAGCAUUGUGAUUCAUCCACGUUCAAGCACACGCACACGCUUUUCUUCUCGCUCGCUCGCUCUGUCUGCCUGCUGACUUUUCGAGAUUCAACGUCGUCGCUCAUACUUUAAUUUCUAUUCUGUUCGUCGUUUUUUUUUGAGGUUCCUUAAUCCUUACUUUCCUUUUUUUUUUCCAGUGUUUGCGGAAGAUGGAUAAACCGGUGUGCGAGUGUGACGUGGAGAAGAAGAAAAAAGAGCCGGUUCACGUGGUUCUUCAGGUGGAUCUUCACUGCGACGGAUGUAUCUCCAGGAUCGUCAGAUUAGCCGGUUGUUUGGAAGGAGUUGAAAUAGUGAGAGCGGAUCCUGUUUCCAACAAGCUCACUCUCAUUGGGUUCAUGGAUCCAGUGAAGACUGCAGAGAAGUUGCAGAAGAAGACCAAGAAGAAGAUCGAGCUGCUAUCUCCCAAGCCCAAGAACGACACCAAAGUAAACAACGACGCAAAGGCUCAUGUCAAGACUACUAUGAUCGCUGUGAGCACAGUGAGCCUGAAGUUGAAUUGCGCAUGUGACGGUUGCGUCAAGAGGAUUCACAAAACCAUCUCCAAGACCAAAGGUGUCUACCAGGUGAAAAUAGACAGAGAGAAGGAAGUAGUUAGUGUCACAGGGACGAUGGAGGUUAAGACUGUGACAGAGAAUUUGAAAAGGAAACUGAAGAAAACCGUCCAGGUUGUGCCUGAGAAGAAGGACAAGAAGAAAGAGAAUGCAGAGGGAAUCUUCAAAUCCGGGUCUCCAGGCCUGCCAUGCUACGGUUUCAAUUAUGGGCUUGGACCUUACGGUUUCAUGGGAGGCCCAAUCACAGAGCUUUUCAGCGAGGAGGAUCCCAACUCUUGCUGCGUUAUGUGAUUUUGAGGCGAUAAAACGAUUGGAGUUGUUUAUCACGGCAAAUAACUAUAGGAGGCGUAUAUAUAUUAUAUCUAAGGAACAUCAACUGAAAAGAAAAACCGAAGUCCGGACUCAGGACUCGGGAGGUAGAUGUUUUUGUGAUGGACUUAAGACUUACGUAAAUUACAAUAUUUUUCCUUUUUUAGGGAUGUUGCAACGACAAUACAUGACACUUUUCUAUAGGGUAAUUUUGGGUCUACCACUCACCACAUCAACUUAUUCCAGUUUGGUUUGUAUGCAAAACUUCUCCAUAUUCCUUCUCUUCUUUUUCAAUUCGUUUCAACUUUUGUUCCUUAAUUAGUAUGUGAAUCUUAGUACUCUAAUGAUCCAAAUACUCUACCUUCAAACUUCUUUUCGAGUAAAGUAUUUAUUAACAUAUAUGUCAGGUUAACCGACGUGUAAAUCUUUAGAACUUUUACUUCUCCAUUAGCUAACCUCU